GCGACAAACGUUUCCAACUGCAUCCUCGUCUGCGGUUGACAACUACUAAACCAGCCUGGAGCUUCCCUACUGGGACGUUGUGACAAGACUUGGCUCCAAGUUUCCUUCAAUAUUCUAAUCUUUAGGAUCUGGCUCACUCUAAAUUUUGGUUCUGGGUUUGGGAGAGGCCAUCUUGGCAUAGUCUCUCAUUUUGGGCUGGGGAUGCGGAAAAAGCUUAGCGGGAAGGAAAAGGCCUGUGAAGCAGACAACAUUUACCAUGGAGAUACUUUUCCCCAAAAAGGAAAGGACGCCCCUGGGAUUCUGUGAUGGCCUGGAUAAGAUCUUCGUGGGCUUUGGGAGCAAGGAUGAGAGAGGCUGUCAGCCGCCCAAAUACCACGCCAGCUAUGCUCCUUACUAUCCUAUCCACAAGGCCGCAAGCGUGGGAGACAUAGACACAGUGAAGAACUUUGUCGAGCGGGGAGUUUUUUCCAUGGAACAAAUAGACUGGAAGUACAGGACUGCCCUGCAUUUUGCCUGUGUCUAUGGCCAUCCAGAGGUGGUGACAUUCCUGGUGGAGAGCAGUUGCGAGAUUAGUCCAAAGGAUAUUAAAAAUGCCACACCUCUAAUUAAGGCUGCCCAAUGUAGACAAACAGAAUGCCUUGGUAUUCUCCUGAAGCAUGGUGCUGACCCAAAUAUUACGGACUGUCAUGACAAUACUGCUCUGCACUAUGCCGUCUACAAUGGGGAUAUUGAAACAGCUGCUAAGCUGCUUGAAUACAAGGCAAACAUGGAAGCAAUAAACGAGAACAAGAUCACACCACUUUUGCUUGCUCUGAAACAAAAUAAAGAGAAGAUGGCAGAGUUCUUAAUCAACAACGGGGCAAAUGCAAAAACAUGCGAUUUUCUGGGAAGAAGCACCCUCAUGUAUGCCGUAAGGUGUGGUUCAGAACUCAUCAUCAAACUUCUUCUUCAAAGAGAUAUUGAUACCUUUAAGCAAGAUGCCUUUGGAUGGACAGCAAAACGUUACGCUGUUGAAAGUAAAAGCAAAGUUAGGAAACUACUGAUUGACUAUGAUGAAGGAGAACGGAGACAAACAUGUUCAGAAAUCAAGAGGAAAAAUGCUUGCUCAAUGCCCUUCCUGCAUACCACGGAAGUGAAAGAUUCUCUCCAAAGUGAAGGAGUGGAAAAGACAAAACCAUCAAAACCAGAGAAUGCUGAGAAAGAGGCACACUCAAUGCCAACCCCAGAAGUAGAAGACUCUCCUCAAAGUGAAGCAAUGAACAAAGCAGGGGGAAGACCAUCAAAAUUAGAACCAGGCUUACGAGUGUCCUCAGAGAGAAAGUCAAAAAAGCGUGAUCACAAAGAAAUGAAAGGACACUUGAGACUCUUUGAGAGGGUUUUUCGGGAUAGUCAUUUCUCAGGGACUCGGGAAGAAGAAGGCAAAGACAUCACAAAAGGAAGAGUUCUAGCAUGGGUUGAAAAAGAUGAUCUCUCAAAGUCUACAGCUACAGAGAAAAAGUCUGCAGAUGAAGUGGAAAUCAUCAGGUUAAAGCCUUCCAAAUCAGAUUUGUCUGUAGAGGUAGUCAUAGAAGUGUCGUCGGAAGAAGAACAGAAGGGAGAUGAUGAUGAGGAUGACGUCAUUGCACAUCAGCAACACUUGAAAGAAGAAACAAAGAAGAAGACAGUAGAGAAAAGAAAUCAAGGGAGUCCUUCCAGUAAGCAAAUGAAUAAUGAAAAUCCCAGUUACUCUAAUGGGAGGAAUAGCAACAUUUAUAAAUUUGCAAAUGUGCAUGAAAAGUGUUUUAUGUGCAAAUACUAAUAUAAUAAAAAAUACAAGUUUGCAUACUCUCAAAUAAAC